ACUGCUAGUAUUUGCCGCACACGAGACACGACAAUGACCGCUUCGACGUUUUUAAACGCCAAGAAAAGAAACAACUCGACACCAACCCGGCGCUCCAACGGCUAGUUUCCGAUCGGCCGCCGAACCCACUCGCACUCAAAAUCCACGCGCAGAACUCACCGCGCCCACCGAAUCCCAGCCAAAAACGCCAUUAAUCUUCCUCGCCGACGCCCCCUUCUCCGCCGACGCCCGCGCGAGCUAGCUUAGCCAAGCCAGGCCGAUCCCGCCGGGAACCCGCAGAUGGAGAUCCCGGUCAAGCUCGGCAUCCACGAGGAAGAGGAGGAGGAGGAGUACGACAGCGUGUUCUACGAGGACAUCGAGGCGCCCAAGUUCGUCGACCUCUCCGCGCCCGACGCCGCCCGCCCCACCGACGACCCCGCCUGGUUCUGCCUCCGCAUCGGUUGCGACCAGAACCAUGAGCAGGUCGACCCGGAGGCUCUGCACCAAAGCUUCUUCAUGCGGGUCAUGGCGGCCAGGAGUCCCAACGUCAGGAUGCAGAAGGCGAUCAGCAGGAGAAACCAGAGUUCCAUGCUGCCCGAAUGCCCCCACUCUGCGCCGGCGAAGCCGCCGAGGACCCGGAUCACGAGGAUGAGCAGGGUGACGGGGGCUGCCGACAAGGCGGCGAAGCCCAGGCUGAAAGACCACAUGAUCAGCAGCUUGAGAGAUUCUCCGAUCCGGACAAAGGCGUCAAGGAUUGAAGUGUCCAGCGCGAGGAAGAAGGCUCUGACUACGCCAAGGAGUAAGACUGUCCGGCCGAGGCAGGAACCAUUCCUCAGCGUGAAGCACCAGAAGGAGCCGAUUGAGACGGCAGCUGCGAGGAAGGGAACGGUGGUGAAGGCGCUGUUCAUGAGCACGCCGAAGAAGGAGGACUGCAAGACGACGGCAAAGAGCCCGGCACCCGUGUCUGAGGUCUGUUCGAAAAUGAAGAAGCUGAACUUGGCGUGCCGGGAGGUGCCUAGCAGGUACUUGUCUCAGUUGUCCACUCCAAAGAUCACCAAGAAAUGCGAAGAGACGGGAGCGAAGAGCGUCAAGAGAGUACAAGAGUCAAGGACGAAUGGAAAGAAGAAGGUUUUAGGCCGUUCAGUGAAAUGCGCUAAUGCUAAAAUUGAUGAAGAGAACCGAAUUGGCCGUGAGAACAUCGCUGCAGAUGAGAACUCGUGUCCAGAAACUGCAAGGUCCAAUGGCGAACUGAAGGAGGUUCUGCAGGUAUCAAGAAUUGAGGUGGAAACGUUGCAGCCUCACAACUCUGAUGAUGAUAAGGAAAAUGUAUCAUGUGGUGAUCUACAGAGCGAGCAAACCCUGAAUGGUUCACAUCCCGAAGAUGAAAACAUGAAGCAAUUGGACAACAAUGAGAAUGUUCCUCCUCAAAAGGUGGCUAAAAUGCAGAACAAGGUGAAUGCAGAGCAAGGAGGAAAGCUCAAGAAAACUACCACUCAAAGACCAUUCAGGCUAAGGACUGAUGAACGACAGGUGUUGAAAGAAGCAAAUCCAGAAAGAAAACAGAUGCCCGUCAAGAACAACUCCAUGGCAGUACUGAAGGAUGGAAAUAGACGAGUGAUGCAAAUGGGAAGAUGCCCUGAUGGAAAAGGACGAGACAAACUGGCUUGUGGCGAGAACCAGAAGAAACAAAACACACACACUGCCACAAGUCAUCUUGGUGGAGCCAGAACGGUUUUGAAGAGCAUCCGAUGCAACGAUGUGCGACCUGCAGUGACGAAAGGGAAAUUGGUCGAGAAAUCACAGAGAGACGCAAAUGCAGCGUCAUCGACAAGAACAGCCAGAGUAACAAGUGGUUUGAGAGCGCCUUCUCAGAUUGGAAAAGAGAGGAAGACCCAGGCGAAAACAUCCAGGCUCCACGCAGCAGCAGCAUGAUUGUUCAGUCAGGUAGCAAAAGGGGGGAAAAUGACAACUGUUGUAUUGUCUGCUCCAAAGACGAAAUAUGUAUCUACUGCGGAGAUCUGAUUGUUAACUAGAAGUGUACACUGAGCAGAGAAAGCAGGGGUGGCGUAGAACCCACACUAACAAGGUCCCGUCGCGCGUCCUUGUGUUUUCUGUCCAUGAACUUGGUGUGGUGACUGGAAUUCUUUUGUUUUGUAGUACUGCUACCGGGUUUUUUUACAGCAGUUUCUGAUGUAGCAGUGCUCCUAUCUUUACUGGACAACAUAUUCUUUUUGUAACUGAAAGCACAUGAGAAAUUUAAUUUAGCAGUGGACACUACACUA